GCUUUGUGUCUAUUUUUAGGUUCGCCGGACAGGGGUAUAUAAAAUGGCGGCUCUCCUCUGAACGCGGAAGUAAAGUCCAGUCUGGGGAGUUCUUUCGGUUCAGUUGGGGGUUUUCUGGUUCAGACUGCCGUUAACUGUACUUAAGCUAAGACAGGAGGUCUCUGUAAUGGAGGAAAAAGUGCGAGUAGCCUUCCGAUUUCGCGUCUUAUACUAAGAAUCUCAGCUGACAUUUCUGGACCUGUUUCUAGGUUUAAGUUUUGUGUGGUGACCUGAUCCAGAACAACCAUGCAGGGGUCAGAGACAGUGGAAUCUAAGAACCGUAGCUUCCUCAAGAAGCGAAGCCUGGACAUCAGUUUCAAUGUGGACAGCAAGUAUUCCCCUGUGGAGAACAUCGGAAUUGGUGCGUACGGUGUCGUCUGUUCGGCAAUCAACAAAAAAAAUGGCAGAAAAGUCGCCAUUAAGAAAAUACCAAAUGCUUUUGAUGUGUUGAUGACGGCCAAGAGAACGUACAGGGAACUCAAGAUACUGCGUCACUUCAAGCACGACAAUGUUAUAGGGAUCCAUGAGGUUUUGCGCCCAGCAGACGCAAAAACAAACGAUGUUAAGGAUGUUUAUGUUGUCUUUGACUUGAUGGAAAGUGACCUGCACCAUAUCAUUCACUCAGAUCAAGACUUGACGGAUGAACACAUUCGGUACUUUCUGUACCAGAUUCUCCGUGGCCUGAAGUACAUCCAUUCUGCCAAUGUUCUGCACAGAGACCUAAAGCCCAGUAAUCUCCUGGUUAACGAGAAUUGUGAGCUCAAAAUUGGUGAUUUUGGCAUGGCAAGGGGGGUGUCGUCAAGCCCUAAUGACUAUAAAGCAUUUAUGACAGAGUAUGUUGCUACCAGGUGGUACAGAGCCCCUGAGCUAAUGCUGUCCCUGAAUGAGUACACCUUUGCAAUAGACGUGUGGUCAGUCGGAUGCAUCUUUGCUGAGAUGUUGGGUAGAAAGCAGCUCUUUCCGGGGAAGAAUUACUUGAACCAGCUGAAUCUCAUCAUGUCCGUCUUGGGCACACCUCCUGACAGCAUCAUCCAAUCAGUGACUGCAGAAAGGGUCCGACACUACAUGUCCAACAUCCCCAAGCGACGGCCCGUCCCAUGGAGCGUCCUGUAUCCACAGAAGAGCAAGGAGGCACUAUGUCUGCUCUCCAAGAUGCUCAACUUCAAUCCGAAGGAGCGAAUUUCAGUCGAGGACGCUCUCUCUCAUCCUUACUUGUCCAAGUACCAUGAUCCUGAUGAUGAGCCAAUCUGCAUCCCCGCCUUUGAUUUUGACUUUGAGAGACGAACAAUGACAAGAGACCAAAUCAAGCAGGCCAUUCUAAGCGAAAUUGACGAAUACGAGAAGUCACCGACGCUGAGAAUUAGCAAGGUAGCCUUAAAUGCUUGUCUCCGCCCUGUGCCAAAAGUACCAUCCGAGUCAUCAAUCAGUUCUCUCUUUCAAUCAAAGUCAAGUUCAGGCUCUAUCUUCAAGACAGAUAGUACUGACUCACAGGCACAAGGUGGCUGCAUUCCUAAGAAGAAGUCAAUGACAAGAAGUGUGACAGACACAUGCAUUGCUGACAUCUUCAAGAAACCGCUUGAGGUCCUGUCCAGUAGCAAGCAGAACGUAAGUCCAAGUCGCCCCGCUCCGAACAUUCCACAAGUACUCCCAUCUAAUUCUGCCCUCUCUACUACCAGUUCAAGCUCAACAGAUGUUGUUAUGCUCAGUGCAAAAAAAUCAGCAGAUAUCAAAGACAUUCCUGAAGAUGUUUCUGAUGCUGCCGCCGAAAAGGAAGAUAAGGAGGACGUUCCUACCCCAGAGAAGAUGGAUCAGUCCAAAAAGAGUGUUUCCAUGGAUACCAAAGCUAUUAUCAAGGCUGCCAUCUUAAACUCAGCAUUCCGGGCUAGCUUGAGAAAAGGACAAGACAAAAACUCUGAAAAUAAGGAAAAGAAGAAGGUGACAGCAAUUGACAGACAAAGAGAAAGGGAAGAGAAGAGGAGACAAAGGCAGAUGAAGAGUUUGGAACGCCAGAAGAAACUGAAGAAUAAAGCACCACAAGAAGGGGUCAAGCUAAGUGACGAGGAUAAAAAGCUACUAGACAGAUGGAGCAAACUGAGACAACAGAAGCCAAAAGAACAAAACACUAUUCAAGGCAACAUCAUAGAGCUGAAUGCACUGAAAAAGGAAGUUGCCAGGACAAAUACCUGUGACCAAGCAGGCAGCAAUCCCAGUGGAAGAACUCCUGGCCAAUCAGGGAGGUUGCUAAGCAGCAGCAGUUCUGUGGAAGCCAAUCAAAUUCAAGGAGCAUCUACUUCAGCCAAUCAGAUGCAAGACAAUAAAUUGGCAAUGAAGACGCCAUUAUUGCAGGGUAGCUUUAUGUCUGUACAAAGUAACUCUACCACAGUGAUGACCAAUCAGAUGCAGCUGUCUGUAGCAGGUGUAGGACAGGAGCAUGUGCAGAUGCAGUCAUCAAGCUCCGGACAGACCAUUGGCCAGCUGAUUCAAAAUCCCAUACCAACAUCUUCAUCAGGUUCCAAUGUGCAGAUGUUUACAAGUAACACCAACAUGGGGAUCGUGACACUACCUGUGUCAUCACAGUCUAAUGUAGGGGUUCACCUGAUCUCUGUCCCAGGGUCUCAUGCACAGUUGAUUUUGAGCCAGCCAACAACGCUUGCAACUUCUCUUGCUAACAUCUCAUCCACCAUGGUAACGAGUGGUCAAAAUGCCUCUGUAAGUACUACAAGUGGAUGGCCACAGGAGCAAUCUGAGCAAAGAUUAAAUCCCCAAGUAGGAGAGUCACAACUUGGAAGCCAAGGUGGACUGCUACCUACCUCUAAACCACAACAGUCUACCAUGACAACCAAUCAGCAAUCUGCUGCUAUGGAAACGAAUGAACAGCCAAUAGCAGUUGUGAUAAAUCAGCCAAUGGCCGGUUCCCAGACAUUGCAAGAUGCAUCAACCAAGGACUCUGACACUGUAAAGCCUGAACAGACCACACUGGAGCAAAUUGUUACCUUUGACAGCAUCCCAUCCACAAUCCACACCUCCCCAGAUGCUAAGGUGUUUGGGGAGCGUCCAAGUGCACCCAAAGUCUUAACCCAGCCAUCUAGACAAGUCUCAACUAUAUCAGGAGCUUGUCAAUCAACCACAACUCUGUCAGGUUCAAAUCGCCGGUCCGCUAGCAUAGACAAGCCAACAGCUGCCCUCCCCACUAUAGUUGAACCUGGCAAGUCUCGUUUAAGUUCCACAGCACUGCACACAAGUCCAACAAAGAAGGACAUCAGGGGCCCAUUCUCAAACAUGGAUCCAUCCUUAGAUAUAGCAUCUCUGGUCCACCAGUUGUCAAAGUCACAGGUAGAGGAUGUCCUACCCCCACUGCUACCCUCCACACCGAAGGGGGGUGGCGCAGGUUACGGUCUUGGGCUGGUGAGCGACUUGGAUGAACUGAUCAACGAAUCCUUCAAUGGGCCAAAGGAUAGUGGGAGUGGGAGUGGGAAGUGUGAUUCUGCCCCCCUGUCAGCAUCCCUGCUUGCUGAUUGGCUGGAAGUUAACGACAUGAAGCCAGAAGACAUGGAGGCCCUUCAGAAGGAGCUAGAGCUGGGUUCACCCAUGGUGCUGGGGUCGCCCCUCCCUCUCUCCAACUCUGAGAGGAUGUCAUGAGAAUACUGCUUGAAAGUGGUGGCAACUUGCACAGUGAUGCAGAGAGCUUCAACAGACGUCUGUUAUACUGCACACAGAUAUGUAGAACUGGAAAUAUAAGAAACUUAUGGAUUAUGAAUCUAGGUGUUUAUAACAUGUACAUUGAAGAAAGUUGUUUUGUUUUGUCAAUUUUUGAAUUGUUAAAUGGUGGAAAGAUUUUAAGAAUGGUUCUUUAGAUGGUCAUAACAUAUGCCAAACAGCAGUUACUGAAGCAACUGGAUAAGAUUUUGGAAAUGGUCAGAUGUGAUACUGCAGAGAUCUUGUUGGAGAGCAGUUUUUAUAUCCUAGCUAUGAAUUGAUAUGCAAAAGAGAUCUAGUUGGAGAGCAGGUUUAUCCUUUGUACUAAUAUGCAAAAAGUUGGAAGUCUUAGACAAUUUUUUCAGUUUUCUGAAACCUAUAGCCAUACACUAUCAAACAUAAAAAACAUGACUCGUCACAAAAUGCUGCUUGAAAUUUGAUACUGUUUAAUUCCACUUUUUCAUUUCAUCAUGUAUAUGUAAAUACCGGUAAGGCAUAUUUUUAACAUUUUACUUUUACAUUUCUUAGGGUUUUGCAGCCUAUUACAUACUGUAUCAACAUCAUUAUAAACACAUUAGAAAUUUAUUGAUUGCACCAUGCAUACUUAGUACUGUCACCUUAAAAAUCAUAUUUUAUAUAUAUUGAAAUCAGAUAUUAAGCAUAAUGUUUCAAAUGUGGUGCUUUGUGUCAUACAUAUCAGGUGAAUACUGUGGAACUGUCAGUCAGACAUUGAUAAUGUAACAUGUUAGUUAUGAAGAUAUUGUAGGAGAUCAAUGCUUUACACAAUGAACAGAGAAGAUAUCUCUACACUUAUUACUAGUGCUUUGUUUAGGUCAGCUCCAAUAACUCUUGGUGUGCUGUUAAUUAUCAUAAUGAUUGUAUUAUAACUAGAAUGUAAUGUUUGUUUAAACGUUUUGUAGUAGAAAAAUGUGCAUAUACGUAGCUGCCAGUGAAUUACAACAUUGUUCAGAAGAAAAAGUACAAUCCAAUGAAUCUUAGGUCUCAGUACUGUACUUGUUUGGGUCCUUCAAUGGCACAAACAGAAAUUAUUGAAAGUUUGCAAAAUUGAGUGCAACAAGAACUGAAAUAUCAAGUUGUGCUAAGGCACGAAUUGUGAAGUGUGAAGAGUAUCAAUAAAUAUUUUAUUCAA